UGCGUAGGCUCCAAAAGGAAGGAAGGUUAUUAUUACUGAUCUGUUUUCCGCGAUCUGUGUUCGCUUUCAUUUUUUGGAAAAAAAAAAGAAUAGCUGUUAAAUAGCUAUACUCCAUUGUGAACUGAUGGCUGUCAAGGGAUUAGUGUCAGCAAUUGUCCAGUUCUUGACUGAUCAGUUGCAAGAUGGAGAUAUAAGUGCAGAUUCCCGCGAGAGUUUGGAAGUGGCGAUUCAGUGUCUGGAAAGUGCUUACAAUGUGCAAGCCUCAGAUGCUCCUGCAAAUUUCAACUUGUACCAGGUUUAUAAGAAUGUGGUGGACAACGCGUCGCCAAAUCUAGGCCCAAAAGCAACACCCGAACAAAAAGCCGAAGCUGAGAGAUUGAAGAACGAAGGGAAUUUGCUCAUGAAGCAAGAGAAACAUCACGAAGCACUUGCCAAUUAUACGAAGGCGAUACAACUGGAUGGUUAUAAUGCGGUAUAUUAUUGCAAUAGAGCAGCUGUUCACAGCAAACUUGGUAAUCACACCCUAGCCAUUAAAGACUGUCACACCGCGUUGUCUAUUGAUCCGACAUACAGCAAAGCAUACGGCCGGCUAGGUUUAGCGUAUUCUAGUUUAGAGAGGCAUAAAGAAGCGAAAGAGAGCUACGAGAAGGCUUUGGCGAUGGAGCCCGACAACGAGAGUUAUCGAAACAAUUUGCAUUUAGCGGAAGAAAGAUUGGCUCAGUUAGGUGUUAAUCAGAGUCUCCACAAUCUGACUGGCAUGGACUUGAGCGCUCUUCUGAGCAAUCCCGCUUUAAUGAACAUGGCGCGUCAAAUGUUAUCAGAUCCGAAUAUGCAGAAUAUGAUGUGCAAUCUCAUGUCUGGCAAUGUGGAAGAAAGCGGACGUAUGGACGUGCUCAUAGAAGCAGGUCAACAGUUGGCACAGCAAAUGCAGAACGCAAAUCCCGAGCUGAUCGAGUCGUUGAGACGACAAAUGGGCGGCAAUUCCAGUGAAAAUCCGGAGCCGCCGCAAAAAAAUUAAAAAAAAUAAUCCGACUAAUCAUGUGAUAAGUGUAAACGAUCUUUCUAUUCUAAGCAUGGCUGAUUUUUUUUCUCCCCACUCAUAAUUAGGAAAGUUAGUUAAUAUACUUUAAAAAAAAAAAAAUUAU